AUGAACGAAGCAUCAAAGAUCAAUUUGUUCAAAGGUCACCCAUCUUAUCGUUUGCUUCCUCGUAAAGAAAUUUCAAUUGCAACUUGCCAAUUGUUGUCGGAAGAAGCAAGACCUUACGAUGAUGAUACAACAAAUAGGCAUCCCUUAACAUAUGGCUCCGACGAAGGUGCUUUAUGGGUUAGACAGGAAGUUUGUAAUAUGAUAAAUCAAAUAGGCUCAGAUAUAAACUCAAAGCCUGAAUAUAUUAACUUGACCUCUGGUGCUUCAUAUGGGAUCUUGAAUAUAUUAUUACAGACUACUUUACCUCAUACAGGCUAUACAAAACAGGCUUUUAUCGUGUCACCUACGUAUUUUUUGAUUAAUGAUUGUUUCAUUGAUGCUGGAUUUGGUUCUAAAAUGACAGCUAUUAAGGAAAAAGGUUAUACAAGCAUUGAUCUAGAAUACUUGAAAGAAAAGUUAGAAUAUUUUGAACAAGAAAUUCCAGAUGUUCCACAAAAUUCGACAGAUAUAAUACAAAAUAAAAAUAAUCUUCAAAAGAAGAUUUAUAAAUAUGUAUUCUAUUGUAUUCCAACUUUUUCAAACCCUAGUGGCAUAACUUGGGAUUAUGAAACUAGAAUUCAGUUAAUAAAAAUUGCCAAAAAGUAUGAUAUGUUAAUUAUUUGUGAUGAUGUUUAUGAUCUAUUAGAUUAUAAUUUUGAUUCAAAUGCAACCUCAAAUGUCGCACCAAGACUUGUCCAUUUAGAUCGAAUGCUAUCUAACGAACAAAUAUAUGAAUCUAAUUUUUAUGGAAAUACAAUAUCGAAUGCAAGUUUUUCGAAACUAGUAGCACCUGGUUUAAGAAUUGGUUAUCAUGAAACGGCAAACAAAAUGUUAGUUGGUCAAGUUUCUAAAGGUGGUGCAAAUAUAUCUGGUGGUACACCAUCUCAAUUGAAUUCUAUGAUAAUUGGCACUUUACUAAAGAAUAAGGAGAUAUAUAAGAUCAUUAGUAACUUUAGAACUGUCUAUAAGAUUCGAGGCGAUGCAUUAUAUAACUCAAGUCAAAAAUUUUUACCGAAAAACACUAAGUUCCAACAUAUUGAAGGUGGAUAUUUUGCUUGGGUCGUCUUACCUGAGGGUUAUAAUGCUCAAGUUAUCGGUCAAAUGUUGAAAAAUAAAUAUUCUGUAAUCGUUGCUAAUGGAAGUACAUGCGAAGUAGUUGGAGAUCUAAAAGGAUGGGGUGAGCGUUGCAUAAGAUUAUCAAUUAGUUUCCUUGAAAAAGAAGCAAUUGAGCAGGGAAUACAAUACCUUGGCAUGAUAUGUAAAGAGUAUGCAGUGGAGAGGAAUCUGGAGUUUUAG